AUGACUCUCGGAGGUCAACCAGACGCCAAGACACAACAAGACAUUCCCACGCACCCUGCCUUCUCUCAAGGCCCACCUCCCUCGGUGUAUCCAACGCCCGCCGCCUCUGCCUCUGCCUCUGCCUCCGCAUCUGCAUCUGUAUUUUCAUCAUAUCAGCCAUCACAGGACCAUCAGCGACAACAACCUCCGCCAAAGGACUCUCGAUCAAAGCAAGAUUCAACCAUCUGGCCUGUCGUUCAGGCCUCAGCAUGGUUUGCUUAUCGUGCUUGUCUCUGGUAUAUUCGGACAAGCUACUGGGCUGCUCGAUCAGUCGUCGCCAAACCAUACUCGGCCGUAGCAGCAUUGUUCGAGACUCCCUACAUGAUGAUGAAGGACAUUUGUCUCGCCUUCCUCCCCGUCUACUCCUUCUUUACAAUUGCCGCCGUCAUUGGUAUUCUAGUUGGAGGGUCGGCGAUGUGGAUUGCUCAGCUGCUGAUCUCAGCAAUUGGGGCUGGUCAAGAGACAACGACCACAUCAACUGCGGUCAGAUACUCACAGUCAAAUCCAGUGGCGUACCAUGCCUCUCAACAACCCACCAGGACCUUCCACCAAGGACAACAGCGACAACAGAAACCACUAUCGCGAGCAAGUCCCACUGACAGACCAAUCAGUCCUGCAACCAUCCGAAGUGACACUACCCGUGCCCGAAGCACUACCCCCUUGCCGAGUCGCUCGCCAGCCGCAACCAUGCAAACAGCACCAGAACGAAACACCCGCAGAAGGCGCGAGAUUUUGACGGACGACGACGACGAUGACGACGAUGAUGAUGACGACGACAAUGACUGGCACUCAAAUGUAUUGAUUGAUCGAUUCGACGGAAGGGCAUUGCUGGACUUUCUUCCAAAGGAUGCCGCCUCUGUGGUGGACUCGGGACUGAGACCAGAUCGGGACGAGGAUGGCAUUGGAAACGAACUUCGAUUUGAGCGAUGGCAUGACCUUGUGGACAAAAUUCGUCUUCGCAUUACCGAAGAACAAUGUCUAUUGGACAACGAGGAAGAGUGGAACGACCUGGUCGCGAGGCACCAUGCAUUGAUCGGAAAGGUCUCUGAAAAGUACGCGUCUCUCGCACGGAAAAUUCAUGGCACAGAGGCAUUGAAACGCGACAGUGCCACGGAAGGGACAGCGGCAAGACCAAGUUUUGCGUUUGAUUACGGGACGAGCGCCGUACAGCCCGACAGUGCUGUUGGACAGGCGCCAGAAAAGGAGCUCACUGCGCUGGAAGAGGAAAACAUUUUCGACCAUCUUGACGAUCUCACAUCACGCGAUCGCUAUACUCUGGAUUCUCUUGGCAAGGAGUUUUACAUCAAAGACUACUACCAAGUGCUGCGUGUCGCCAAGGAGGAGGAGGAUGAGCGUGUCAAUCAGCUCAAAGUGACAGCAGUGGUAAGCCCAUUGCAGAAACUUUCUUCGCGAUCUGGAUCAGAGUCGCCAUCUAAGGAUACGGUCGAGUUUAUUCAAGAGUUCAAGAUCGGAUCGCCAAAGCAGGAUGUUGAAUCUGGAGGAGAUUACGACUAUUAUAACGUGGAUACAUCGCCCUCGUCAUCAACACCAUUGAAGAGUGCUGCUUCACGAUCGAUUACAGUCACCCAGGCCUCUACUGCGUCACGUAACCCAUUGCAACCAUCUUCUUCUCAAGCAGGACAAGGAGGAAUUGAUACCACGAAGAUGACUCUGGCCGAGAAGCUCAAACACAGAAUGCGGCAGGGACUAGAGCAGUCAAGUAUGGACUCGGAGUCGCAGUCGCGAUCGAAGCCCAAGGAGACGGAACAGGAGUCGCAGCUCAAGCCCAACUAG